AUGGGAGGUAGAGUAUCCCUCAUUAACUCAGUUUUAGCUAACUUGCCUAUUCACUACUUGGCUUUUUUCAAGGCUCCCAAGAAAAUCGUGAAUGAUAUUAUCGCAAUCCAACGGCGUUUUCUCUGGGCUGGGAAUUCUAGUAAAAAGUUCAUCCCUUGGAUAUCUUGGAACUCCAUCUGCAAGCCGAAGGAACACGGAGGUCUUGGCAUUAAACAUGUAGGUCAUUUUAAUUGUGCUCUUAUAGCAAAAUGGAUGUGGAGAUUUCAAAGCGGCGGAAAUGAAAUUUGGAGAAAGACGCUCAAUCUCAGAUACGGUAACUUGAGCAUGAAGGUGCAAACUUUCGCCGACGUCGGUAGCUCGAAAUUCGACUCUCUUUGGAUGAAGGAUAUUCUUUCAAGUUCAAUCUACGACUUCCAUGUGGACUUCUGCAAGUUUACGGCUUGCACUAUUGGAGAAGGUCAUGGCACAACGUUUUGGCUGUCAAAUUGGAUUGGAGACUUGCCGCUUAAAAGUAGGUUUCAGCGGCUGUUUCAAGACUGUUCCAGGAAAGUUUCGACCGUCAAUGAGAUGGGAACCUGGGAGGAUGUUCAGUGGGUUUGGAAAAUUAGAGAAACAUUGAUAGAUGCAGGAUCCAAUAUUAAACCAGAAUGGACCGAUUGUAGUAAUUUGUUGGAUCAGGUUGCAGCCAACAACAAUGUCGCCGAUAAUUGGAAAUGGCUUCUUCAUGAUUUACUUUCGCAUAAGGUAAGCUCUUUCUAUACUGCUUUAACCUCUUUUUAUUCUGUUCAUAAUAUUGGUAGUGAUAGCGCAACACUUCUGGAGAUCCUUUGGAAAACGGUGUUACCGGUAAAAGUCCAAACUUUUAUUUGGAGGAUGGCGCUUGAUAGGCUGCCUACCAAAUCUAAUUUGAUGAAAAGAAGGGUGAUUGAUUAUUCCCAAAAUUUGGAUUGUGCGUUCUGUUCGUGA